AUGCAAGAGAAGCCCACCACGGUCGCGGCCUACGCGGCCGGGGCCUCACUCGCCGCCGUCGCACUGUUCUACGUCUUCGGGCCGAAUUACACAAUUGACGGGGAUGAGUCCAGCGACAGCAACCGAAAGAAGAGCAUUGUGGGACUGUCGAACAUGGCCAAUGACUGCUUUAUCAAUUCGGUUCUGCAGGCUCUGGCCGGUCUGGGAGACCUCCGUGUGUACUUGAUCCGAGAACUGCAUCGGCGCGACCUGGACGGGCCGGAAAUCUACAAUGCGGUACCCAGUCCAGAGCAGCUGCCGCGAGCCCAGCGGGAGGAUAAACUGCGAGAGUUGCAGCAGGGAAUCAUCACCCGGGCAUUGAAAGAGAUGCUGGACCGAUUGAACGAGCGGCCCAUUUACAAAAAGAUCAUCUCCGCCCGCGAAUUCAUCCAGGCAUUGGAGUUUGCCUUCCGGACGCGCAUCAGCCGCAACCAACAAGAUGCGCAGGAAUUUUUGCAGAUCGUCCUCGAACGACUUUGCGACGAAUAUCAUGCGGGAGUGAGCGCCCGGCGACGCGCUCUCGGCCCGAUCGCGUCGCCCGCAGAAGCUGGAAAGAUGGACUCGGGCGCAGAAACCGACGCUGAGGUGGAAGUGCGAAUCGACGAUGGUUCACCGAAUGGCCUCCCCGCGAUCAUUGAUAAUAAGCUGAAGCAGAUUGAUAGCGAGGCGGGGUUCCCCUUUGAGGGAAAACUGGAAUCCCAGAUCGUGUGUCAGCACUGUCACUAUGAAUACAAGCCCAAGCAGACGGCCUUUGUCAAUCUUACCCUUCAGGUGCCGCAGAAAAGUUCCACUACGCUCAACUCGUGCUUCGAUGGUUUACUGAAGACGGAAUACAUUGAUGAUUUCCGAUGCGACCGGUGUCGUCUUCAGCAUGCAAUCGAGUACAAAACACAAGAAAGGUCCAAGGCUUACACAGAAAAUGACCAGGGCCGUCUUGACACAGAGAUCAAGCGUAUACGGGACGCCAUAGAGAACGAUCCCGAAGAUGAGCUCGAGGGCGUCGUGAUGCCACCCGCGGAGCUGGCCCCCAAACGGAAAAUCGCCCGUCAUAUGCGUAUUGUGUCCUUCCCCAGGGUGAUUGCGAUUCAUCUCUCGCGCUCAAUCUACGACCGCAAUAGCUCCACCAAGAAUGCAGCCAAGGUGUCGUUCCCAGAGCGAUUGCCUCUCGGUGGGAUCCUCAAUCAAACUUGGUAUAAAUUACUGGCGAUUGUGUGCCAUAAAGGCAGUCAUCAGAGUGGCCACUACGAGUCCUUCCGACGCAAUCAUCUCUACGCACCCUUUUCGACCCCGGAAGCCUUCAGCUCUUAUGCACAGAGUCGCGUGGCUAGCGAGACUCCUUCCGCAGCGCCCAGUCCACGACUCGCACCGCGAAGUGCUCGCGAUGCGGAUGCUGAAGUCGAUAGCAGCAAUCUCUCGUCAACCACUUCAUCCACCUCUCUUUCCCAUACGGCUCCCGCCUCCUCCCAGCUGAGCCCACCUUUACCCCGACUCAAUACCUCUCAUUCGCGCCGAUCAUUCCAGAGUAAUCACUCGCGGUCUUCCACCCCUCAGGUUGCAUCCGGGUCCGACGAGAACACCAGUCCCGCCUCAGAUCAAGGGCGAUUCAGCACCUCCUCUGCUCCGCGUCCGUCACGGACUAUCCCACGCUCAUCAAGUGAGGCCAUCGCGGGGGUGAGCUCGCGACUCCGCCGCCGCCGUAAGCCCAACGAUCGAUGGUGGCGGAUCUCCGACGAAAAGGUCAAGGAGUGCAAGACCUCGGACGUGCUGGGCAUGCAAAAGGAGGUCUAUCUGCUCUUCUACGAGAUGGACCGGGCUGAAUGUAGCCCCAUGGCGGCCACGGGUCGUCUGUAG